CCAAUAGCAGGCGAGCGUGGGCGUGGCCGGACGCUGAGCGUGUUCCGUGUGGAAAGUUAGCCGGUCCGGGUGCAAAGUUUCAGCCGUCUGCAGACGGGCGACAGAAGACGGGUAUUAUAACCAGACCGAACCCCGGUCCCCAGCUCUCAUUACACCCGGAUCAACGCAUCGCUUACAGUCUGUCGGUCGGAACUAGUUCGGUUAUGGGAUAUUGACUCAAAAGAGGACCGUGUUCAUUUAAAGCUUUGUUUUGUGCUCUGCUAUCGGUGAAAUCAUGGCCUGCGCGCCGAACCGGGUUCGCCUGCUGUGCAUGCUGUCGCUCACCUUCGGCUUUUUCAUUGUAGAGGUGGUGGUAAGCCGAAUAACGUCCUCUCUAGCGAUGCUGUCGGACUCCUUUCAUAUGCUGUCGGACGUGAUCGCGCUGGUCGUAGCUCUGGUAGCGGUGCGUUUCGCUGAGCAGACCCAGUCUACCAACAAGAACACGUUCGGCUGGAUCCGGGCCGAGGUGAUAGGCGCGCUGGUCAACGCCGUUUUCCUCACCGCGCUUUGCUUUACCAUUAUUCUGGAGGCCAUCGAGCGCUUCACAGAGCCCCAUGAAAUCGAGCAACCCGAUGUGGUGAUUGGGGUGGGGGCUGCAGGGCUGCUGGUCAACCUGCUGGGGCUCUGUCUCUUUCACGGGCAUGCCGGAGGCGGCGGACACGGCCAUUCACACGGAGGACAUGGCCACAGUCACGGGGGACACAAAAAACACAAGAACGGGAAGGUCCGCCGAUCUGAGACGCUGGAGGAUAGUCGGUCCACGGGCGAGGAGACCAAUAAUCUGGUCGGGAAUCACAACAACAGCCCGAAUGGCGUUAAUCCGGACCGGAGGAGAGCCGGUAAAUCGGAGAUGUGUCAUAGCGACAACCUGGAUUUGCAAAUUAAUGGCAGUGCUCCAUAUGAAGAGUUUGAGAACGGACACGACUCGGCAUCCCAGCUCAACAUGCGGGGUGUUUUCCUGCAUGUCCUGGGAGAUGCUCUUGGCUCAGUCAUUGUGGUGAUCAAUGCCAUCAUCUUUUUAUUUGUAUGGAAGCCAUGCAAGCCGGGCACUGUCUGUGAGAACCCUUGUGUGGGCCAACAUUGCGCAGCCCACUUGUUCAAUGUUAGUAGUGCUAGUAAUAAUGGCACAAACGUAGCGGGACCCUGCUGGGUGCUCUAUCUCGACCCCACGCUCUGUAUCAUUAUGGUCUGCAUCCUCCUCUACACCACAUACCCAUUGCUGAAGGAGUCUGCACUUAUCCUGCUACAGACCGUGCCCAAGCAAAUCGACAUACAUAAGCUCAACUCUCGCCUGCGGGACUUGGAGGGUGUGCUGGCGGUGCACGAGCUGCACAUCUGGCAGCUGGCAGGCAGUCGCAUUAUUGCCACCGCGCACAUCAAAUGCCAUGACCCCACAUCCUACAUGGAUGUAGCCAAGCGUAUCAAGGACUUUUUCCAUGAUGAGGGCAUCCACGCCACGACCAUUCAACCGGAAUUCGUAACUAUGAACUCAGAGUCUCGAGCUUCGCUCUGCGAGCUCUCCUGUAGAACGCAGUGUGCCCCAAAGCUCUGCUGUGGCGCCGCUGAUACCGUGAAGCCUCCCGAUGGAGCUUUAGAGCCGAAGAAACCGUGUGAAUCCAGGACCCCAACGGUACCUAGUGCUUCUGCUACAUCUCUAGAGAUCAUCAGCGAAUCUGUGGAGGACACAAGCAGACCAGAAUCCAUUGUGAUCAUCACUAGGGAGGUGGAAUCAUCAUUGUGAGCAAGAAGCAGGUUAGACUGAGAACAUUCUGUUCUGUUAAGGGUACCAAUGUGUUUUGCAUCAGCUGACUGAUUCCUACCAUGCUGUGAGAAGAACUGAGCCCAAAUGCACUCAUUCAUGACAACACACACCACACAGCCCUAUAUCUCAGAUAUACCACACCAUCAUACAGACAAUAUAAAUAGGCUGAAGAGCAAGGCUGGCCUCCUCUGCAUGUGUGUUUACCGCAUCGUCUGAUUGGUGUGUCCGUGCCAAAGCUUCUCUUCAUACAGGACGUCAGACACUUGUGUCCUUCCUGUGGAUGUAAUGCAACGACAUGCAAUUUUACCAUUCAGCCUGCUGGACCAAUUAGAAAUUUCUGGACCAGUUAUGUUCUUUUUUUCUCUUCUACCCAUCUGUUCUAUGUUUUAUCCUUCACACUUUAUAUUGUUUUUCUUAGUCAACCUUUCAAUUUUGUGAGAGAUGUAAUAAUUUAUGUAUUUAAGUUAUUGGUAAUUAAGUAUUAUUUUUUGCAAAGAGCUUUUUGUAAGAUUUAGAUUUGGUAAUAUUAGAGGUAAAAAGUUUUUUUUUCUUCUUCUUUCAAGACAAAUGAUCUAUGCUUUAACUCAGAGUAUUUUUAGAUGUGAUGUUUUUUAAAAAUUGCUGUUCAAUCUUUUACUCUUUUUAGACUAUCUGUUUUAUUAGACAUCAGAUGUUUCGACAGUACUUCACCAUGCCUGUAUUUCAAACUGCUGUGUUAUAGCACUGAAUCUAGUCAGUGUAGGAACUAGACAACUUCUAUUGUUGUUUUUAUACAAGCUGAUGCCUUGUUUGUUCUGUUGUUCUGUCAAUCAAAACAUGGUUGAAAUGCUGUAAAGGAAAAAAAAGGUUUUUUUUGUUUUUUUUUUGUGGGACUGCUAGAGGAGGACUGAUGUUUUGUCCAUGCUGUCGUAAAACUGAAGGGACCUCCUCAGAUUUGUGGAAAACAUUUGGCAACUGUGCAUGACCAAAUACAAUUGUGGUUAUACAAAAAGCUUUGAGAAACCAAGCAACAUUGUAAACCAAAAGACAAGGAAGUUGCUUUCUGAAAUACAGAGGGAGUAGGCACGUAGGUUUGGGUUAAACACAUCAUUUGGGAUAUUGCACAAUCUACUCAGUGGCCUUCAUUGGGGGGAAAAACAUAGAAUAUCAACACCUCACAACACUAUUUAAAUCUGCCAUCUUUAGCAUUUGGUGAAAAUAUGCAAUUUGUGAAAACACAGAAAUGUACUAGUCUUUAUUAUUAGUUUAGUGGCUUUCUAAGAAGUCUGUAGAGGGAAGAUGAGCUCAUUGUAAAUGUGCAGAUGGAGUGUUUGUAUCACUGAGGAUUUUAGUACCAUGCCAGCUGAAAUGUUUUUGAUAUAUUUCUGUUAAAUGUGUCAUUGUGAAUUAAACAUGCUUGUUUGGUACUGUUCAA